AUGAAGGCUGUUUUCGCUCUCACAGUUGCCAUCCUCGGCGCUGAGGUUUAUGCCUUUCCCCAGUUUAUUCCUCCCAAGUCCAACUACGCCCUUCGUCCAGGCACUACCAGCAACAAGGAGGACAGCAACACCAACAACAAAUUUGCCCCCGCGCCCAACAAGCAUGCUGCUGGCUCAGCCAUCAAGUUCUCCCCCAACCAGUCCGGCAACAACAAGGGCAAGGACACUGUGCCUGGCUUUGUAGCUGUCAAGGGUGGUUCAGCCAGCAAGCGUGCUGUCGAUGAGGAUGAUGACGAUACCUACGAUGUCCCCAAGGGAUCUCAGGAUGAUGACAGCGGUGAUGAUGGAGUCAUGUUCACUACCUUUGCUGCUCCUCAUGCCAAGAUCGGUACCAUCAAGAAGGAGGAGAGCUCCGGCAACGACGACGCUGCUGACGAUGAUGAGCCUGCUGCUGCGGCUGAUGAUGACGCUCCUGCUACCAAGGAGCGCAAGUUCAAGGCUCCCAGCACCAAGAAGCAGAAUGGCAAGAAGCAGAAGCACACUGGUGAUGAUGAUUCAGCCACCAAGGCUACUCCCUCUCCUACCAAGAGCAAGUCUGAGGACAAGCCCAAGGCCACUGGCUCCACCAAGUCCGACGACAAGGCAGCCAAGAAGGCCGCCAAGGACGCCAAGAAGGCUGAGAAGAAGAAGGGCUCUGACGAUGAUGACUCUGCUUCCAAGACACACAAGGAACAUCACCACAAGACUACCGCCACUCCUUCUGCCAGCAAGAAGAAGCACUCUGGCAGCGACGAUGCUUCCACCAAGGUUGAACACUCCAAGCCAACCACCACGAGCAAGAACCAGGCCAAGACCGAGGCUCACAAGAAGCACGUUUCCAAGCACUCUUAG